AUGCCGCCGAAAAAGGGAAAAGCUAAUUUGACAGAUGCGGAAAGAGCCGCUAUUGCGCGGGCCCAAAAACGGGCGGAACUGGAGGCAAAGAGAAAAAAGGGAGAACUAGUGAAACAGUAUUUGACUGUAAAACUUGAAAAAGAGCAAAAAGCCACCGUUGGAAACACCUUCCGACUAAAUCAUCGAUGGAGAGCUUUGCUUAGAGAGGACAAAAUAAAGGAACUUAAAGCAGAUCUAGAUAUUUUGCGCCACACAUUCGAAAGAAUUGUUGACAGGAAGGAUAACAUCCUUAAAACGUUAAAACAAGAGUUAGACGAGUCAGAGGAGCAAUAUAUGAUGUCUCUAAGGAACCAUCAAUACAAUAUACACCUGUUAGUCGGUUGCAUAUCUGUCGUCGUUUUGUACAUUAAAAAUAUCCUCAGUUAUAAUCGCUUUUUGAAAAUUUUCGGUCAACACCUUGGUUCUUGGAUCUUAAACUUUCAGCUUUCUGAUAUAUUGCUUUGUCUAGAACUGCAAAACCAGCGUCUUGAAAGAAUGAAAUAUGCUUUUGAUGAAGAACUUCACAUGAUUAAACGGGAGUUCGACGCAGAAAAGGAAUUCAUGUCAACCAAACAUGAAAACCAAAUUAACGAUUUAAAGGAUAUUUAUGUCGCAUUUGACAAACACUUUCUGCAAAAAGAAACCGAGGCAAGAAACGAAUAUGGAAGCACAAGAGAUGAAAUGAAAAAUAAGAGCCUUGAAGAUAAGCAUGGUCUGCGAAUCGUUCUGGAAAAAAAAGUCAACAUUCUAUGGUCGGAGUACACUCAGUGCCAAACCAAUUACAAUCGCGCCACUGAGGAGCGUCGAGCGCUGUUUGAGACCCUGAAGGCUCGCGAUGAACAGUCUGUGAUUGAAAUUGAGCGCCAAAUGAUAAGACUGCGUGAAAUAAAUGCCAAAAUAGCAGCCGCCAAGGCUAAGAGAAAUCGUAUCCUCGAAGAAUUCGAGGAAAAGAAUACUCUCCUACGAGAAGAACGGGAGAAACUUGGCAUUCACUUUAUGGGCCUGAAGGCCCAAAUAAACCAGCUGCACGAGAAACAGCAUGUUAAACUGACGAAGAUGACCAUCAUUGCAUCCGAUGUCCGAAAGAAGAUGGAUGAGCUUAACAGACGAGCGGAGCAGAUCAUUCAAAUUGGUGAGGACUGUCGAAAGCUGGAAACAGAAGAGGAAAAGGUGCUACCAUUCUACACGUCUUGUCUAAGCCAAGAAGAGGAAGAGAAGCUGGCGAAUGAAAUCCAGGAUUCUAACGAUAAGAAUGUUAAAUCGCUUCUGAAGCAGUAUGCGCCGCUGGAACUCUUCUGGCGUCGUUUCAACAAAGUUCAGUUGGACAGACUGGCCCUACUCAAGGAGCGUGAUGUUCUAACCAAUGAGAAUGAAAAUCUCAAAUUCCUGCUCACUCAGUACCUGGACGGUCUGUCUGUAAAUGACGAAAUUCUAGCAAAGCCGAAUUCGCUGUUUGUGGUCAAUGGAAGAAAUAACGUCAAGUGA